UAUCCAUCUACUUAAUGUUAUAUUAUUAUUGUGUGUUUUUAUUAUCGUUAAUUGUACCUACAGCUAUAAACAUUUUAUUACAAUCAAUAGUAAUAACUUACCUAUCGGUUAAAUACAUACUAUUAUUUUUAUAUUAAAUAUUGUACAUAAAUAUAUGUAUAUAUAUAUAUAUUAUAUAGAAAUACCUAAAUGGAAAUAAUAAUACAUUUUAAUUUUUUAAUCCGUCACAUAUUUAGCAGUAUGACCUUGCAGGAGUACUUUCGAUACCACUUUACUAUUCCAUUAUCCACAGACGCAUUCCAAAAGGAUCGACAAUUAUUUCCUCGGACUAUUGUAUGUGAGUGUAGUUAAUUAUUUUAAAUGUAAUAUAUUUUGUACAUAAAUAUAAUAUAUGAAGAAGCCCACCCCUCUCUUGACUAGGUCAUUAACCCUUCUUAGGGUGGUUAAUAUUUCUGCCCUAUACUUAUAAUCCCACCGCCUUUUAAUUCAUUUUACAAAAACUGAUAUUUUUAAUAUCACCUCGUUGUUUAUAACUGUUCCCCGUCUUUCUGUUGAGAUACUCGUUUUAAUACUCACCUGUGACUUUACUGCCGCCCUGCCGAGUGUCGGCAGACUUAUUGAAAUACAAAUUUACUUAUCGCUCAGAGUAAAAUAUUAUGUAUUACCAAGUUUAGUGCAAAUUAAUUUUAAAUAUAUUACAAUUGUACAUGGUUUACAGUUUAUUUGCAUUGAUAACACAUUUUAUAAUAUCUUCAUUCGUGAAUGUGUUAUGGCCACAUAUCGUAAUAUAUACGAGUUGCAAUAAUACUGUGUAAUAAUAGUUAAUACAUGUUUAAUUCUACUCGUUCCACUCGUACAACAUUAUUAUCCUCGAUUUAGCAGACCGUUUCCGUGCAUGUGAGAUGCCGAGAUGGGUGUGUCACGCAUUUUGUUGGCCUCAAAAUAUUUUGUGUCAUAAUUGUUGUAUUAUAAUAUUAUCGUUUUAUUAGGUUUACUUAUUAUACAUACCUGCCUAGAUUACGAAUCACAGCAUUGUAUUAAUUAUAGAUUAAUUGUAUUAAUGGGAAAUCGAAAAAAGAAUAUCAAAUAAAAGUAACCUACUAGAUCUACAUAUCUGACCGAAUCUUAACAAUUGAUGUCAUCACAUAUAAACUUAACUAAAUUCUUGCUGCUGUUACCUCUUCGUAGUUACUCUUUCACACUGUAUACCUACUUGUAGGACCUCUAGCUCAAAUACUACCGCAGCUCCCGAAUGCUGCCGCAGUUCGAGUGUCUAGUGUGUAACAAAAUUUUCAACUAUAGCACUGGAGCAUUAAGAGCACAUUUAGAGCAUCCACGACACCUAUGAUUGACUAACUACCACCUAUAAACUAUUUCGUCAGCCUCGACACAUAGUGGCAUAAUGACAUAAUACCAACUACAUUAUAUGUUUAGUAGGUAUCAUUAGGUGUUUAGGUUAUUACCUAGUCUAAAUAGUCGACAUCAUUAUAAUGUAAUAUACCUAUUUAUGGUUGUUUUUUAAUGUUUAGUAAAAAUAAAAGCAGAUAAAAUAAAAAAUUACCUUAUAUAGAUGUGUAUUUUUACUGAAUACUAACAUUUUGUUUCACCUUACAUAUACUUACCUAUAAAAAAUUGAAAUUGUUAUGGACUGCACUCUUGAAUCAAUAACAUUAUUGUCAUUAUUAUACCUGCAUGCAGCCGUUACCUUCAGAUGACUCGACCAAACUUUGUACUAUUAACGCCCAGGUAAUGUUUAUCGAUGACGAUUUUUUUAUGGUUCAUAUAUAAUAUUACCAUUUACCAGUAUAAUAAUUAAUAGCUGUGCCGAAAGUAUAGCUCCUAAUCACCUAAUCACCUGUCCGCUUUACUGUUUAUUGUUGUAGUUUCACGGUUCAAGUGUUUGAACGGGGGCGGCCGGUCGUACAAGUACAAAAAGGAGUUACCCAACACUUGCGCUACGAGUGCAGCAUGCCUCCAAUGUUCAAGUGUUCGCUGUGUCACAAAGCGUUCAUAGCAUAUUCAUCUAAUAAGUAGACAGUUUCACUGGAAAAUAUUUGAACUAAUAAUCAUUAUUUUACGUUUAAUAAGAGAUACCUAGUUUACAAAUUCUGCAAGAUGUGACUGUAUAUUAAUAUUUGAUUAAUGUGCAGUCAGUAGAAGAAUAUAAAAUAAAAUGUAUCCUACAUAUGUGUAUUAAUUUACUGAAUAUUAACAUUUCUUUUCACCUCAAUAUAUUCUUACCUAUACAAUCAAAAUGAAUGAACGCAUAAAUAAAAUAACAUUCGGCGCUCAUACUUCCAACUAUUAUUAAGUCAUAUAAAUCGAUGAGAGUGCGUACUUGUAGUGGCGCAGAAAGUGUUUACCUACUAUACUUGCUAUAAUAAUGUAAAAAAUUAUAUCCGUACCAUACAUAUAAACCAUAUAAACCUAUCUAGGUAUGACGUCGUGAUCCAUAAUAAUAAUCUCAUUUCCUUGUUACCGUUUAUGAUUGCAGUGCCCCGGUUUGUGUGCUCGAACGGAUGUGGCCGAUCGUACAAGUACAAGCAAGGAGUUAAGCAGCACCUGCGUUACGAGUGUGGCGUAGCUCCUAAGUUUAAGUGUUUGGUGUGUGACAAAACGUUCAAGCAGCGUAGCACCUUAAAUUCCCACAUUGUUGCCGUUCACCACCUACUCAUCGAUAGACCAAUUCGAAUAUAUUACUCUACAUGGGACUGUGGCACUGUUCUGUCCGAAUUAGUUUUGUUUUGCAAUCUAAAUUUAAGCCAUUUGAAAUUCGACUUGAAGCUAUUAUUCAACAAAUUGCGCAUAUUUCAAAAGUGGUGCAAUGAAGUAUUAAGAUGUGAUUUGCUGACAUUUUGUUUUUCAGAAAAACAGUUAAAUGACAUUUUGAUUAAAUUUGUAUUGUUUUUUCUUUUGUUGUUAUUAGGUGCUGAUGAGUCCACUGCAAUGCCACUUAUGUAUCGCUGUCCGAAAAACUGUGGUCGGCGAUAUACACGAAAAGAUUCAAUGAAUCGACAUGUAACAUAUGAAUGCGGUGUUGAACCACAGUUCAAAUGUAGUUUUUGUAAUAAGACUUGUGCCCAAAAGUAUAAUCUUAAAAAGCAUAUGAUUACUGUGCACAAUUAUAUUCAUUUUAACCACUCCUAAUUGUUGUAUUACAUAUUUAACUUUAUGAAUACUACUGUGUAUGUUAAUUAGAAAUAAUUCUGUUUUUGUUAUAUUAUUUCAUUUUAUAGAUAUAUUUAAUUUAUAUUGUUUAUUUAUUGUUUGUUG